AACUACAGCAACUACGUGUGGUACAAUGCGCAAGGAGCGUGGGACACUGGCCGACUCACAAGAGUACUCAAACGAGAGACAAAGACAAGGCUAGGCGUGGAGCUGCACAUGCUGGACUACCGACACACCGCCAGUUGUUGUGGGAGAGUUGUUGUGGGAGAGUUGUUCAGCAGAGGUUGUCAGGACGAGCUCGGCGAGAUUGAAGAAGCUGAGGUGGAGGAUGACGGCGAGGACAUUCUUGAGCUGCAGAACUCACGCACGACAGCUAUGGGUGUUGGCAACUACAGCGCACCGAUAGACAUUGUGAAGCAUCUCAGCGUACGGUGGAUAGACGCAUUUUGCCCGCUUAGCAUGGCAUGGCACAGGUUCUUGGGUGUUGAUGGUGAAGGUGAAGCAGAUGAGGGCGUAGAUGCAAGCGCGAGUACCGCAAGAAAGCGAGUGCUGCAGAACAGUAUCUCUGAGCCGGCAGUGCUACCGAAAGCAAAGGAGGGGCAGGUUGAAGAUCUACGUGAAGAAGAGAUUCGCAAAGCAUUGAGGCAGGUACUGAAGAAGCAGGAUGUCAGCUUCCGAUCUGUUGAGCAAGAGCAAGCAAUGCACGCUGUACUUGGCGGUCAGACGCCGCUGGUAGUGGUGCUUCCGACAGGGGGUGGUAAGAGGCUGCUAUUCACUGUGCCGGCAAUCGUCGAGAAAGAGGGAGGAGUUACUGUUGUGGUGGUGCCGUACCGGGCGCUGAUUGAAGACUUGGUGAUGCGAAUUCGGCAGAGCGGCAUUGAUUGUAUGGAGUGGAAGCACGGCGAGAACAACCCGGCAUCUGUGGUUGUG